AUGCGUGCUUUGUUGAAGGAACAACGUGUUUGGGCUCCUAUUGCUUCUGCAUCUGUGAAGAAAGAAGUGGCUUCUGAAUCAAAAAGAAAAGGCCUCUAUGUUAAGAUAGAGGAUGAAGAUGCUGCCAUGAUUUUGUUAGCCUCUCCACCACCAUCAUAUGUGAGCUUUGUCAAUUCUCUUAGUGUUGGUAAGGAAUGUGUCACCAUGGAGGAGGUGAAAUCCAGCUUAUACUCAAGGGAACUUCGAUCUAAAGCACCUGGAAAUUCUGAAGAAUCAAAUGGAUCUAGUCUUGUUGUCUCUAACUCUAACAAGAACAUCAAGAAAAAGGUGUUUGAAGGAAAGAAGAAGACUCAUGUCAAUCCAAAGGAUAUUUGUAACUACUGCAAGGAGCCAGUUGCUGAUCAUCACCAACAUUCUGAAAAUCAGUGGAUAUUAAACUCUGGUUGUUCCUUUCAUAUGUGUCCUAACAAAACCUGGUUUGACACCUAUGAAGAGAAAUCGGGUGGAAAUGUCUUCAUGGGAAAUGAUGUCUCAUGCAAGACAAUUGGAAUUGGCACAGUAAAAAUCAAGAUGCAUGAUGGAAUUAUCCGAACACUCACUGAAGUUAGGCAUGUUCCAGAGCUGAAGAAGAAUCUAAUCUCCAUAGGUAUUAUGGAUGGAAAGGGGUUCAAAUGA